AUGGAUGUCGAAAUAUACAUGCAUAUGUACAUAAGUUUUCUGCAUAUUGAAAGCAACAUUUUAUUCACUUCUGACUUGGUUGUAGAUCUUUUAAACCUAUAGAACUGAAUUGUUAAUAUUGGGCUAUAUUCGAAUUCUUGAGCACGUUUAUAACCUUUUUAUAAAUAAAUAUACAUAUAUAUGUAUUUACUUACAUACUUACGUCGAAGUAAUACAUAUGUACAUAUGUAAAUAGUAUAAAAAGCGAUAACGGGAACCUUAGUUAAUAAUUUUUACACAAAGUCUUAAAGUCAUACGUAUGUAUGUACUUACAUACCCACAUCUGUACAUACAUAUGUACAUAUGUAUGUAUGGAUGUGUGUGCAUUAAGUUGUCGCGUCAAUGCAUAGCCUGUUCAUUAGCCCUUCCGUACAUUUGUUCAUAUGUACAUAUGUAUGUAUGUAUGUAUUACCCCCCAAUAAAAUAUCCAGACUUCGACUUUAACAUUAAAUAUGUACAUACAUAUAAACCUCUGCUUACGUUUUUCGCUGCGAAUCGAAAAAAGGUUUAUUCUAUUAUAUUAAAAGGUUACAUAUGAAUAUAGUACAUCUGUAGUUUUAUUAAACUAUAAGACGGAAAAUUAAAUACAUAUGUACAUACAUACAUCUGUACAUAAGUAUGAGCUAUGCUUAUAUAUCUUAUGGUGCAACUAAUAAUAAUUGUAUAGAGUCUGAUUAACAUUCCGUAUAAGAUGUACGAUUCGAGGGGCUCUUAUUCUGCACCACUUGAAAAUGAUUCUUCAACAUUUGUUCCGCGAUAUCGGCAUUUGAAUGAUAAAAUUCCGGCUCGCUUAGUGCUAUAUUUUUUGUCGUGGUCUGGCUUUCUGGUCUCUUUUAUGAUGCGAAAUGAUAUGAACUUUGCGUUGGUCGCAAUGAUUUCGAAUGAUAAUUCAACACACAACCAGUCUAUAAUCGGACCGCAACCAGUUUUGGUUGGAGGUACUGAAGACCAAACAUCUAUAGUCAAAUCUGUCAUUAUCAGCUCUUUCUAUUGGUGUUACGUAUUAUCCCAGGUGGCUGGUGGAGUGGCCACAGAAAUGUUUGGAACUAAGUGCGUAUUUGGAUGGUCACAGCUAGCAACAGCUUUAUGUAGUGUUCUGAUGCCGUUAGCAGCACAAUUACAUUACAUAGCUGUUAUUGUACUUAGAUCCAUUCAGGGAUUUGCCUCUGGCUUGACUUGGCCUGCAAUGUAUGCAAUAGUUGGCUAUUGGAUCCCGCUAACAGAACGAUCACGGUUUAUGUCAAGUUUUCAAGGUUUUAGUAUAGGUAUUGGUCUAACCUACCCGUUGUGUGGAUUUAUUUUAUCGGAAUUCGGAUGGCCCUAUAUUUUUUAUACAACUGGUACUUUAGGUAUUGGGUGGUGUUUAUUAUGGUAUUUUCUGGCAUACAAUACACCUCGUGAACAUCCACGUAUAACUAAAAAAGAGUUGAAUUACAUAGAGCUUAAUGUAAGCAAUGAAGUAAAAAAAUUUAAUCGAGUAAAAGUUCCUUGGUUGCAGAUUUUUCGUUCCUUACCAGCUUGGGCGAUUGCUAUUACAACAUUCGGGCGAAUAUUUAUUCAUUAUAUUUUUAUUGUAAAUGGGCCUACAUUUAUGGGAAACGUUUUAAAGUUUAAUUUUGAGACAAAUGGAUUUCUUUCCGGCAUGCCUUUUAUUGGCUCUUAUAUUUCAUCGGUUUUUUUCUGUUAUGUUGCUGAUAAAUUGUUAUUAUACAAAGUUUUAAGACUUACUAAUGUAAGAAAAGUAUUUACAGCCCUUUCUCAAAUUAUUCCAGGAAUAUUAAUAUAUUGCAUCGGCCAUAUAGAUAAUGUACACAUAUUGUUAACAGUAUGGUUUAUAGCGGUUAUAUUUAUAACAGCAUCCUAUGCAGGAGCAAUGGCUAAUAUAAUUGAUAUAGCGCCAAACUAUGGACAUUCAGCUGCAGUUCUAGCUUUUUGCCAAACAAUACAUAUGUCAGCGUCUUUUAUUUCUCCGUUGACUGCUGGAUUUAUUGUGACACAAGAGGACUCCAUAGAGCAGUGGCGAAAUGUUUUUCAAGUUUCUGCUAUUAUUUCAAUAUGCACCUACGGUUUUUAUCAAAUUUUUGGUACAGCAGAAAUACAAACUUGGAAUAAAGAGACACCUACAGAUGCUGACUUAAGAGAAGGCAAAAUUUUAUCAAAAGCAAAAGAAAAUAAAAGUAUUGACGAAAAUUGAAAACUGUGAACUUAAAGUAAUGUCCUGCUUUUUAAUAUAUUUUUAAUAUUAUGUGUCUAUGUAUUUUUUAUGAAUUGUAAUAAUAAAGACACAAACUGCUUA